ACCGCUAUCAGUAGUUGUUUGGUUUUGAAGUGAGAGGGGAGGACUGAAUCGGGGCAAACAGAGUACGGAUUUUUAUGUUGUUGGUUCUGGGCCGCUGGGUCUCACACGCAUUCAUACCAAGAGUCUCGACGUGCUUUCCAGCUCUGCUGCCGAGGACCAUUUUGCGUAACUUCAAUAAAAUCAAAUUCAUAGUUCACAUCCAUAGCGCCGUCUCCGUCAACGCUGUCAGCCCAAACAGAGCGACCAUGCCUGAAAGGAGGCCCUUCGUCCGGCUGCCCACUGACGUCUUCCCAGUCAACUAUGGGUUAUGUCUGAAGCCCGAUCUCAUUGACUUCACGUUUGAAGGAAAACUGGAAGCUGCGGUUGAGGUGACGCAGCCCACCAACCAGAUUGUGAUGAACUGCGCUGACAUCGACAUCAUCACAGCGUCCUUCGUACCAGAAGGGGGAGAAGGUGAGGAGGUCAACGCAACAGGGUUCAACUACCAGAACGAAGACGAGAAGGUCACACUCUCGUUCCCCAGCACCCUCCAGAAAGGGUCGGCUAUAUUGAAGAUUGACUUUGUGGGGGAGCUCAACGACAAGAUGAAGGGGUUUUAUAGAAGUAAAUAUGCAAGUCCUUCCGGGGAAGUCCGCUACGCUGCUGUAACACAGUUUGAGGCCACGGACGCACGCCGGGCCUUCCCCUGUUGGGACGAGCCCGCCAUCAAAGCCACCUUCGACAUCACCCUGAUCGUGCCCAAGGAGCGCGUGGCGCUGUCCAACAUGAAUGUAAUCGACAGAAAGCCGUACCCCGAGGACGCCGGCCUGGUGGAGGUGAAGUUCGCCACCACACCCAUCAUGUCAACGUACCUGGUGGCCUUCGUCAUCGGAGAGUAUGACUUCGUGGAGGGGCAAUCAUCCGACGGUGUGCUGGUGCGCGUCUACACACCGUUGGGCAAGGCCGAGCAGGGGAAGUUUGCGUUGGAGGUCGCUAUCAAAACCUUACCCUUCUACAAAGACUACUUCAAUGUUCCCUAUCCGUUGCCUAAAAUUGAUCUCAUAGCCAUCGCUGACUUUGCCGCUGGUGCCAUGGAGAACUGGGGUCUGGUCACAUACAGGGAGACGGCACUGCUCAUUGACCCCAAGAACUCCUGCUCCUCCUCUCGCCAGUGGGUGGCUCUGGUGGUCGGACACGAGCUGGCCCACCAGUGGUUCGGAAACCUGGUCACCAUGGAAUGGUGGACCCACCUGUGGCUGAACGAGGGCUUUGCGUCCUGGAUAGAGUACCUGUGUGUGGACCACUGCUUCCCCGAAUACGACAUCUGGACCCAGUUCGUCUCCGCUGACUACACUCGUGCCCUGGAGCUGGACGCCCUGGACAACAGCCACCCCAUUGAGGUGAACGUCGGCCACCCGUCGGAAGUGGACGAGAUCUUCGACGCCAUCUCCUACAGCAAAGGCGCGUCGGUCAUCCGCAUGCUGCACGACUACAUCGGAGACCAGGAUUUUAGGAAAGGAAUGAAUGCCUAUCUAUUGAAGUUCCAGCAUAAAAAUGCAUCGACAGAGGACCUAUGGGACUGCCUGGGACAGGCGAGUGGGAAGCCAAUCGCGGAGGUGAUGAGCUCUUGGACCCAACAGAUGGGCUUCCCUAUUAUAGUAGUGGACCAGGAACAACAAGGAGACGACCGCAUCAUCAAGCUCUCUCAGAAGAAGUUCUGUGCCAGUGGACCACACACCGCCGAGGAGUGUCCCAGUUGGAUGGUGCCCGUCAGCAUCUGCACCAGCGACGACCCUAGCCACGCCUGUCACAAGGUGCUGCUGGAUGGAACGGACGCCACCAUCACCCUCAACAAUGUCCGGCCAGACCAGUGGGUCAAGAUAAACCCGGGUACCGUAGGGUUUUACCGGCUCCAGUACAGCACCUCCAUGCUGGAGAGUCUGCUGCCGGGGGUCCGGGACCUCAGCCUGCCCCCUGUCGACCGUCUGGGACUGCAGAACGACCUCUUCUCCCUGUCCCGUGCAGGGAUGAUCAGCACGGUGGAUGUGCUGCGGCUCAUGGAGGCCUUUAUCAACGAGCCCAACUACACGGUGUGGAGCGACCUGAGCUGCAACCUGGGCGUGCUGUCCUCCCUGCUCUCCAACACAGACUUCCACGAGGAGAUCCAGGAGUUCAUCAGGGACCUGUUCACGCCCGUGGGCCUUAGCCUGGGCUGGGACAGUAAGCCCGGGGAAGGCCAUCUGGAGGCCCUGCUGCGGGGCCUGGUCCUAGGGAAGCUGGGCAAGGCGGGCCACAAAGCAACGCUGGAGGAGGCUCGCCUCCGCUUCAAGGAGCACGUCGAGGGGAGGCAGGUCCUGUCUGCCGACCUCCGCAGCCCGGUGUAUCUAACGGUUUUGAAGCAUGGGGACAGUGCAACACUGGACACCAUGCUGAAGCUCCACAAGCAAGCAGACAUGCAAGAGGAGAAGAACCGCAUCGAGAGGGUCCUGGGAGCCAUCUCCGCCCCAGACCUCAUCCAGAAGGUGCUCAUCUUCGCCCUGUCGGACGACGUGCGGCCCCAGGACACGGUGUCUGUCAUCGGGGGCGUGGCCGAGGGCAGCAAGCAGGGCCGGAAGGCCGCCUGGAAGUUUGUGAAGGACAACUGGGAGGAGUUACACAACCGCUACCAGGGCGGCUUCCUCAUCUCACGCCUCAUCAAGCUCUCUGUAGAUGGAUUCGCUAAUGAGAAAAUGGCAGCUGAGGUCAAGAGCUUCUUUGAGAGCCACCAGGCCCCCGCGGCCGAGCGCACCGUGCAGCAGUGCUGCGAGAACAUCCUCCUCAACGCCGCCUGGCUGAAGAGGGACACCGACGACAUCCACCAGUACCUGCUGCAGCGGAAAGGCCCUCCUACCGUCUGAGCCGCGCCCUGCUCCUUCACCACCUCCUCCUCCUCCUCCGCCCCCCUGCCCUGUCUAGCAGCCGGCUCCCUCUCUCCAACCCCCCCGCCACGGGAGAGCAGAUGAAACAGCUUCUUCUCUUUCUUUCUUUUCCCCCUUUUUGUUUUGCCUCUUCUUCAAAGAAACUGAUAUAAAAAGAAAAAAAAUAACUAACGCAAGAAGACCAACGCCAAGAAUUUAGCCAAGUAUUGGACACCUAGAGACUCUGCUGCUACAGAGAGUCCUCGCUGCUCCCAUUCUGCCCUCCCUCAACGCUAGGACACGCCUCCUGGGGACACGCCUCCUGGGGACACGCCUCCUGGGGACACAACUCCUGACCAGACAACCGUCGGUGAUUUCACUAUACAGCACGCACAGACACACAUGCACACAUGGAACAUUCACACACAGACUAAAACAACACACACACACACACACACACACACACACACCUGCUAGAUUACUGCCCUGGUUCACUGGGCCUAAUGCAUAUCCACCACCAGUUGUUUUGGAAAGAAACUGAAUCCCGUGUUCUUCAUGCAUGAUUCCGUGUUUCUUUGUGACCUUUCUUCCAUUCUCAAUUUCAUGUCCAAUCCCCCCCCGGCGAUCCCUGUGGCCGGCUACGGGCUCGAGGGCCCGUGGGCAGAAUGGGGCCGAGGCGCGCGGCCUCGCCCGGUGACGGCGUUCUUCCGCUGCCCUGCUCCGCCGCUAACCUAGCGAUUAGCAUGAGCGAGCAGCGCUAGCAUGGUACUAUGUUGUAUACUGUAUAUUUGCAAGCAUUUCUUGCGGACCACGGUCCUGGAAAGCGUAGACGGCAAUGUUCAUGAUGACCUGUCUCCAGCGCACCUCCUCCCCCCCCCCCCCCCCCCCCCCCCCCACCACAUAUCAUCGACCCGUGUCUCGUUAGGCUCCGCCCGUACAGUUCCGGAGCGAUCCAAGACCGCAAGGUGUGUAAAGCAAGCACCUCCCCCGCCUCUACAGCCACUCCCCUCAACAAAAUGACUAAAAAACAAAUCUUUCAUAGGACGCCAGAUAAAGUGAUUUGUUUAAAUGCUAGAAUGAUUGUGUAUUCUGAAGAAGAAAAUAACGUAUUAUGAUUAUGACACUACUUUUGGGGCCUUUUACUUUGAAAUAACAUCAGGUGAUCCUGUAGAGUUGGCGCGAUGGCUCGGUCUUUGAUGUGAUGUGUUCCUCUUACGCUGUUGAACUCAGAAGCCUUAAAUUGGUCAACUGGUUUGCAAUAAUAAUAAUUAUUAAUAUUAAGUGGUAGUGAGUUCCACGGGAAAUCUAAUGUGACAAUUAUUAAACUAGUAAACAUCUAUGUAGAAUUUACCAUUUUUGAUGUGGCGCUGAAUACUUAUAUUUAAAAAAGAAAAAAAAAACAUUACCGGAGAAUAUCAUCCAACUUGCUGUCUUUACCCUGAAACAUUUGUUGUGCUUUUAUGAUUUAAACAUACAGUUGGUGUUCAUUAAAGUGAGAGAGUACAAAAUGUG